AUGACGUUGAGAAGCGGCAAGACCGCUCAAGCCAUCCCUCCGGCUGUUUCAGAAAAGCCAGUCGAUGACGAGGAGGUUGAUGAGGAGAUUGAGGCUGAGUCUCCGGGUGAGGUGCAACAGAGGCGAGUCCCAGCAAGUACCGCACGACCCAAGGAGCCAGUGAGAGAGUAUGUCCCUCCCAUUCCAUAUCCGAGGAGGUUGAAGAAGCAGAAAAUGGAAGAACACUAUGGUAAAUUCCUCGAACUUUUUAAGCAACUUCAUAUAAAUUUACCAUUUGUCGAGGCACUUGCUCAAAUGCCUAAGUAUGCCAAGUUUCUGAAAGAUAUCCUAUCCAACAAAAAGAAACUUGAGGAGCUUUCACAGGUGACCUUGAAUGAAGAGUGUUCAGCGGUUCUUCAGAACAAACUACCGAAGAAGAUGAAUGAUCCUGGGAGUUUCACUAUCCCGUGUUUGAUCGGUAGUUUGUCGGUCAUCAAUGCCUUGGCUGAUCUUGGAGCUAGCAUAAACCUCAUGCCAUAUGCGGUUUUUGCUAAGCUAGACAUGGGAGAGCCCAAGCCGACUCGUAUGAGCAUUCAGCUAGCCGACCGUUCAGUGAAGUACCCUCGAGAAAUAGUUGAGAAUAUGCUGGUGAAAAUCGACAAGUUUGUCUUUCCUGUCGAUUUCGUGAUUCUAGACAUGGAUGAGGACAAAAAUGUUCCACUUAUCUUAGGUCGCCCAUUCCUGGCCACUGCGAGAGCCAUGAUUGAUGUCUGCACUGGUAGACUUACUCUUAGGGUUGACGAUGAGGAGGUGACCUUUGACAUUGGGAAAUCCAUGCAACACUCACAAAGUCAAGAUGAUACACUCUACUUCAUUGAGACUAUCGAUACGUAUGUGAGUGAUCAUCUUCAUGCUACAUUCGAGGAGGAUGUUGUGGACACACAGCUGCUAGGAGGGGACACUUUUGGUUCGCCCCGUGUGGACCGAUUAGUUGAGGAGGUGACCUGUCUGAUAGGUCACGCGUCUCCCCCGUGUCCCGAGGUUUUUGAGGUUGUGGAUCGCGUUACUGAGCCUAAAGCACGCCCUUCUAUUGAGGAUCCACCUUCGGUUGAGCUUAAGGAGCUCCCAGAUCAUUUGGAGUAUGCUUUCUUGAAGGGUGAGACUCAUCUGCCCGUUAUUAUUUCUGGCAAAUUGUCGAAGGAAGAGAAGGAUCGAUUGCUUGAAGUCCUGAAGCAGCACAAGAAGGCGAUUGCUUGGAAGAUUAUGGAUAUAAAAGGGAUCAAUCCAUCCUUUUGUACCCAUAAGAUCUUGAUGGAGGAGAACUUUAAACCUGUAGUACAGCACCAGAGGUGUUUGAACCCCAACAUGCAGGAGGUUGUGAAGAAAGAGGUUAUCAAACUACUUGAUGCAGGUUUGAUAUAUCCGACCUCUGAUUCACCGUGGGUUAGCCCUGUACAGGUAGUCCCGAAGAAAGGAGGCAUGACAGUGGUGACCAAUGAGAAAAACGAGUUGAUUCCUACUCGUACUGUCACCGAAUGGAGAGUUUGCAUUGACUACCGCAAACUCAAUGAUGCCACGAGGAAGGAUCAUUUCCCACUGCCUUUCAUUGAUCAGAUGUUGGAGAGGUUGUCGGGAAGGAUGUACUACUGCUUCCUCGAUGGUUUUUACUGGCGAUUCAUAAAGGACUUUUCCAAAAUCGCUUUUCCCAUGACUCAGCUCCUCGAGAAGGAUGCCCAGUUUGUUUUCUCCGAUGAGUGCCUUCGGGCAUUUGAGCUGUUGAAGGAGAAGUUGGUGAAUGCCCCGAUCAUGGUUGCUCCCGACUGGGAGCUGCCAUUUGAGUUGAAGUGUGAUGCGAGUGACUUCGCAGUCGGGACUGUCUUGGGUCAAAGGAGAGAUAAACACUUUCACCUGAUUUACUAUGCGAGCAAGACCUUGAAUGACGCUCAGGAGCACUACACCACGACAGAGAAAGAGCUCCUAGCUGUGGUCUUUGCCUUCGAUAAGUUUCGGUCAUAUCUUGUCCUUUCCAAGACCAUUGUGUACACGGAUCAUGCAACACUUCGGUAUCUUUUUAGCAAGCAAGAUGCUAAACCGAGACUGAUAUGUUGGAUUUUGUUGCUGCAAGAGUUUGAUAUUGAAAUCCGUGAUAAAAAAGGGGCUGAGAAAUUGGCAGCCGAUCAUUUGUCUCGACUUGAGCAUUCCUAG